UCUUGCAUAUGGAGUUAGAAUCCUUUAAACCGCUUAGUUUAUAUGGGUUGUAUAGGGCUUCAUGUUAGAAUUUUGCCUUAGGUCCACGUGUGCGGUAUGUACUGUAUUCUGACUCGUAUGCUAAUUUAUGGCAUAUAUGUCAUUGUACCUAUGUAGCAAAUGUAUUGUGUAUAUGGUUGUAUUUAUUUGUACUAAUUAAUGCUGCUUGUAUGUUUAUUGCGGUAGGAUUUUAUUCAUACGUUGUUGACGGUUUACAAUGUUUGCUAACAAGGAUGAGGCGAUUAAAUGCUUGAACAUUGCAAAAAAUGCGAUGGACAAGGAUGACCUUCCUAAGGCUAUAAAGUUUCUUGAGAAGGCUAAGUCGAUGUAUCCUACUGAUGAGGUGAAAACUUUGUUAGUCACCUGUAAAGCUAAGUUGCAAGCUCGUAAUCGUUUUAGUUAUGGGAGUUCUGGCUCUGGUAAUGCAGGUCGUUCUUCAGGUACAUCAGAUUCUCGCAAUGGCGUUGGUGGUGCGCAGGAAGCUGCUCUUAACCGUGAGUGUUUAAAGAUCUUGGCUUGCAAAAAUUACCAUGACGUACUUGGCGUAUCUCGUAAUGCCAGUACCGAUGACAUUAAAAAGGCCUACAAGAAGUUGGCUCUUAAAUUUCAUCCUGACAAGAAUUCCGCCAGAUAUGCUAGUGAGGCUUUCAACAAGAUAUCUGAAGCUUUUCAUAGCCUCACUUCGUCUGGUGGUCGCCAUGUAGAUUCUGCUAGUGAUAAUCCACAGCAGCAUUCUCAUUACACUACUUCUUACAUGAGAUCAGAAGAUUUUUUCCGUAAUGUAUUUAACCAACACAGCAAUCCCAACUACCGUCCUAAUCGAAGAGCGGGGUAUAACUGCCAUAGCGAUGACAGACCAUCUUCUAGGACUUCUAGUUCCGAUAGACCCACGCAUUCUUCUGCCAGUUCUGGUACAGAUCCUCCCAGUGGACCGGGCAUGACACCCUUGUCAUGGUUCCAUAUGCUGGCUUUUUUCAUUUUAAUAACCAUCGGUAUAUUGCCUAAAUUGUUCGACCGUGAACAUGAGGCGUUCAAAUUUGUUCGCACUGGUCGUUAUAAUCGCAUGUUAUCUACUAGGCUUAACGGUGUGAUCUUUUAUGUGGAUGGUAAUGUUUUCGACCGUGACUACCCAAUGAACUCUUCUGCAAGGUUUGAGUUUGAGUAUGAGGUUGACUACACUUAUUUCGACAAGAAGUGCAGUCGCGAGAAGUCGAUGAACGCACAAAAGAUACAUUACUACCUUAAGCGUAUGAAGGCUCCUCCUAAGGAGCUCUACGAGCCGCCAGAGAGUUGCAAGACUCGCGACUUAUUGCGUGAUGCAUAUUUGGCUCAUUUGAAUAAGCAUGGCUUUACAUAAAUUUGCCUUUUGCUGAUAAUUUUGCUAAUAUUUUUACAAUUUU